UCCGAGGCCUUCCUCACCGACCUCCUGGACAAGGUGUGCGAGCGAAUGAACGACUACCAGCUGGACGAGGACCCGGAGACCCAGCGGAAGAGGUUCAAGCGCUACGCGCCGCGGAGGGGCGACAAGAUCUACCCCGAGUACAAGAAGUUCUUCUUCUACUCCGACGCCUACUGGCCUUUGAAGUUCGCGUGUGAAACGAUAAUAGAAGAGUAUGAAGAUGAGAUAUUCUCACUGAUCGCCCAGGAGGCACACUAUCUAGCUGACAAGCUGUGCAGUGAGAAAUCAGAUCUGUGUGGAACUUCUGCGAAUCAUACAGAGCUCUAGGAGAGGUGGCCCUGUUGUGGAAGGAGCUCACAGCCUGCAUUAUGUCCACAGGUCUAGUCGCUGUACUUUGUCCCCUGCAUGAUAUUGUUUUGAAAAUUUGUUGUUUGACAUCAUGAUAAAGCCCAUGAUAAACUUCCCAUAGGCGAAGCAUAAAACUUAAAUUUCCUGUGCAGAUUUGGAUACAAACAGCCUUGUAAACACAGCAUUCAAUUUGAUUGUGAGAAAAAGUGAAGACAUUUCAAAAGCUAAACAGAUUUACUCUAUAUUUCAUAGAGUACUCUAUAUUUCAUACAUCCCAAAUGUAAUAUGCUAUUUGGUAAGAACUUGAUUGUAUUUUCAAAUAUUUGAUUGGGCACAAACUUAAGGAAUGCUGUUACAACUAAUUCCAAAUCUGGAAGAAUUUAAUUUGUUAUUGGUAAUAAAGUAAAAAAGAACCACCCCACUUCUUAUCAGGAAUGAAAUUUAGAUUUCUAGAAAGUCUAAGUUUUAAAACUUAUCUCCAAAUUUUAGUGGAAUGGAUAUAGAUGCCAGCUACUUCUUGCUGUGAGCACUAGUUACAUUGGUCUUCCUUGAAGUUGCAUUCUGGGUGUGGAUGUUUUGGAAGUUGACUGAAGACCACCAGAUUGUACAUUAAAUUUAACAGUAGUGAACAUAGCUAUUGCUGCAAAGUCUCCUAGGUGACUUUUCCCCAAGAUUUUAUUUAGUGUGUAGAUUUCACUACUAGAAGAGGGUAUAAAGGGAGCUGGGAUUGGUUGCCAGUGUCUUUUUGUCCACAUUCAAUAUUGUAGGACGUAUAAAGGCAGUUACCCCUGGCUAUUAAUUUUGCAUUCGGUAGACUCUGACUUUAAUUAUUGCACAUGUUAGGGUACAGUCUACAUUUAUUUUAAUAAAUUAUCACUCUUGCCAGA